AUGACCAGUGUAUUCAAUCCAUUUGCUUCACAUUAUGAUGCCAUUAAUGAUAAAGAUGAUUUUAAUAUUGGAAUUACAGAUAGAAAGAAUACAGUUGCUCCAUUAGAAACAGAAGCUGAACGAAAUAUUCGUACACGUACUGUUACACCAGUUGUUACUGGUUCAUCUGUUGCAGCUUUUAUAUUCAAUGGUGGUGUUAUUUUAGCUGCUGAUGUACUUGGUUCAUAUGGUUCUUUAGCGAAAUAUCGUAAUUUACCACGUAUUCAUCAAGUAAAUGAUCAAACAGUUAUGGCACUUAGCGGUGAUUUAUCUGAUGCUGAUUAUAUUAAAGAAUCUAUUGAUGCUAAAGUUGAUGAAGAUAUCGUUCAAGAAGAUGGAAGUGAAAUGACACCAGUAGCUCUUCAUGCUUGGUGUACUCGACUUUUGUAUCAUCGACGAACAAAAUUAAAUCCAUUAUUAACAAGUGUUAUAGUUGCUGGUCUUGAAAAUAAUGAACCAUUCCUUGGACGUGUUAAUGAUAAAGGUUCAGCUUAUAAAGAAUUUUUAAUUAUGACUGGUAUUGGUAAUCAUUUAGCUCUUGGUUGGGUUCGAACAAUUCUUGAAAAUUCAGCUCAAUUAAAUAAAGAUCAAGCUGAACAAUUAAUGGAUCGUAUCAUUAAACAACUUUACUAUCGUGAUUGUCGUGGAUUUGCUCGUUAUCGUGUUUGUAUUGUAACCAAAGAUGGUGUUGAAUUCAAAGCUAAAGAAGUUCAACCUGAUUGGAGUUUAGCACCAGCAUUACGCAACACAGAAUAA